AUUCUAGGGGGCGCUGGUGCAGGGACUUUGCGGUCGUACCGGAAUCGCCGCAGAACCUGCUAUCGAGAGUAGAGUCAUCGGCAGGUUUCAGGAUCCCCUGCUUUUCCCGAUACUUUCCCCGAAAGAAGUAAUCAGCUGAAAAAAAUAAAAUAAAAUACAGCAGUUUCUUUAUCCUGUGCUUAUUCUAUUGUAAAGUGUGCUAACGGAACUAAGUUGGACUAAAAGUUCGAGUUACUUUACCUCUUACUUUAUUUUUGUGAGUGGGACUAAUGAUAAAGGAGUAUAAACAUUCUCAAACAAUGCAUUAAAAUGAUCUGGGAAAAGUUACUUUAAACUUUUCCGUUGCAAGUGUUAAGCUUGCAUUUCAUUGGAAUCUCGGUGACUUUGUCGCUUUUAUUGCCUGGAUUUUAUUUGUUUGAUUUUUAAGAGAUUAAUUAUGUGCCAAACAAUAUUUAGAAGAAAUUUUCACGCAGCGCUUUGUUUGAUGAUCAUAACAAUCAUCAACCCUCAUGAGGUGCUCAUGAGUUGGAGUACUAAUCUUUCAGGUAAGCAUGAAAAUGCUGACUACCACGAUGAAUUAACUUCAGGUGCCGAAGGUCACCUCGAUCACAUGCUUACUCGAACAGAACGUAGCUUUGGAGGAUCGAAGGCAGAACCACCGUCAAGACCAAAUUCGUAUUGGGAUGAUCCGCAUUAUCGCCCUUAUUUUGACAACAGUACAGAGAGGAAUGUAACUGCUCAACUGGGAAAAACUGCAUACUUGCAUUGUAAAAUACGCCAGCUGGGAGAUCGAACAGUGGGAGCAGUAUCAUGGGUACGGCAGCGAGACCUCCACAUUCUCACUGUUGGGAAAUAUACAUACACAAGCGACCAAAGAUUUACUUCAAUCCAUUUGGAUAACUCAGAAAUUUGGACGUUGGAAAUUAAAUACACCCAAAAAAGAGACGCGGGUGUUUAUGAGUGCCAAGUGAGCACAGAGCCCAAAAUGAGUCUCAGUAUACGACUCAAUGUUGUUGUUUCGCGUGCAUACAUCCCAGAGGGUCCUAAUCUCUACAUACAGAGCGGGUCAACAAUCAACUUGACCUGCAUAAUAACAGAAAGUACAUCUCCUCCUGUCUUUGUCUUUUGGUACCAUGAUGAUCGCAUGAUUAACUAUGACUCAUCAAGGGGAGGAAUCCGCGUGACAACCGAGAAUGGACCAACAACCGUGUCACGCCUACGUAUCCAAAAUGCCAGACCAACUGAUUCUGGAAAUUACUCUUGCCAACCAUCCUAUGCUGACCCUGCCAACAUCACGGUCCACGUUCUUAAUGGAGAAAAACCCGCAGCCAUGCAACACGGCCGCUCCAACAAUGUAGCUUCCUGUCCAAACACUUUACAGAUUCUUCUAGCUGUUUUCUUAUGCUCCAGAAUUCAACGAGCCUUGUUGGUGUCUCUAAGAUAACCUAUCAGAGAUUUCAAAAAUUCAUGAAAUGUCACCAGAUCUUUACAUCUUAAGCACGAGCGCAAUAUGGAACCCUGCUUAGGGGCACGUCUGGAACACUUAAAACUCCACCUACAUGCGCUGUGUAAAAGAUAUUAAUAAAGUAUCAUUCCAGAACAUCCGAAAUGGAUACCAAAAACCGUGAUGUUGUGUUUGUGUAUGUGUUGCGAAAAUCAUAUCGGGCACCAAUUGUCUCCCAUUUAUUUUGCACCGAAUGAAUCUCCCCGAGUUGAAACUGAUGCAAGUUGUUCAAGAUGGUUAACGAUAAUCACCAGGGUUUAGGUGCAAAUUUUGAACCUUGUCUGAUAUGUGUAUUUAAAACUAACCAGAUGACCCCAUUGCUGUAUGGAUUGUGUUUCCCCAAGUCCUGAAUAUUUUACCUUCAAGCAAAGGUUUCUUGUUUAUGAAAUUAUAUGCGCGAGUUUAAAUAUUGCUUGGAGUGACUGAGGCAUUACCACAUGUCUAUCGUAUUUUAAAAAUAAAAUAUUGUACAUUCCAUUAGACAAGACAUUUACACCCAUUUGUAUACUUCAGAGACUGGAUUUUAUGUGACAAUUAUAUAUAAGUAUUUAGAUGGACCAAUGAGAAUGAAUAUAAGAAUAGAUUUCAUUAAAACGUGAAUUAAUCCAAUGGUAUUUGACACAGACUGUUAUUUUUGUUAUAAAAAAGGAAAAAAAUAAGAUAUAGAUUUUCUGUCGAAUCCAAUCAUGUACAAAAACAGUCUAUAAAAAUAGUACAUAGAUUAAAUUGUAAUAUACAAGCACUGUAUAAAGAAACUUCCGUACUGACAAUUCAGAAGUACAAUAUCAGAUGAGCACGAAUGUA